AUGGAGGGAAGUCUCACAACUCGACGGGCAAUUCCGCAGCAGAAGAGAAUCCCGGUCGUAAACUUGGCCGGCCAGAAGAUUGGCGAAGAGGAACUGCAGCUGCGAACUUUCAGCCGAAAUACAGCCAACUAUUGCGUCCACCAGGCGCACACAAUCUACAAGUACCAGCAGAAGCCGUUUACGAUUUUUCUGAAGCGGCGAAGCGAUAUGAAAAAAGGCAAAAAGCUUUGGAAGAACAAAGGCGUAGGCAAAGCCCGCAUGGGCUCUAUAUACAGCCCUCUUUGGGGCAAGUCAGCCACCAACAAGAAUCGACACGGCCUCGAUGAUCGCAGGAAGUUGACGCUUCCCAGGUUGUUCCACAACAAGGCCAUCUCCACCGUUUUGCAAAGCAAGUGGAGGUGCAUGAAGAUCGUGGAAGGUUUGGAGGAUAUUCAGGAACCUCGCUAUUACGAAUUGUGCGACAUGGUCAGGGCAUGGACCGGGAUGGAGCCGGGCAUCAAGCAGACGUUGAUGAUUACACGCAAUGGCUACGGUGAGGAGCACAAGUACUGGUGCAUCCCCACGAAAUCCAGUUUCUGGAGUCCCCUGUACAUGGCUGGGCGCCUGAUCCACAACUUCUCCAUGCGACGACCUCGUGACAUGGAUCCCUCUAGUGAUGGGCUCCACCGAGCCCUUCUGGGCAGAAGGGUCAUCAUUUCCCGCGAGGCCUUUUUCGAUUUGCGGGCCAAGUUCAAUCCCUACGAUGGAUGGGCUUUCAAGAGUCCAAAGAAGAUUCUGGUUGAGCAGAUGCAAAAGCUUGUCCAGGAAUAUCCUUACGACCGUGAAGCAGAGUUCGAGGCUGCCCGUGAGGUGCCAAAGAAGUUGGCCGAGCGCGAGGCCUGGGCCAAGAAGAUUCGCAAGAGCAGCUGA